AUGGCGUACUCCACUCGUCCCUCCUCCACACCAGCCUCCUCCAAAGACGAUACCUCCAAGUCCACUCCUACAACAGAACAACAAGAACCACAAAAGAAGAAUAGACUAUCGGACGAGGAGUUGAUGCGUAUCAUGGAAGAGCACAGUGGAGAUGGUGGAGCAAGUGGGUUGGAGUAUGAAGAUGGACAGGCGUCGACGAUGAAGAGGAGUGUGAAGAACAACAUGUUCAGGUACAUCUGA